GCUCUCGGUUCCUCAAUCAGCAAAACAAUCAUCGCAUAUAUUUUGCUGCUUCACUCAGCCCUCUUCAGCCUCUCCUUUGCCUCCCCAGUUUUCAUCGAGUGGCGGUAUUUAGGCCAUCAUGGCUCCAGUGGAGGAUGCAGCAGAAGAAGAUCACGUCCUACUUGUAGCCUUCUCGGCUCAGGGUCACAUAAACCCGAUGCUUAGGCUCGGAAAGCGACUUCUCUCGAAGGGCCUCCAUGUAACACUGGCAACCACUGAGAUAACCCGCGAGCGGAUGCUCAAGUCCUCCACAAUCUCCGUCACUGAAGCUGGUAGCACCACAGUAUCCGGCAUAGACGUGGUGUUCUUCUCAGACGGGAUGAGCCCCGAUGAUGACAGGGUUGCCAACCUCGACCUCUACAUGGAAACCUUAGGCAAAUUCGGGCCCAUCAACCUCUUGGCGCUGAUCACAGAACGCUACCGUGUCGGCAAGAAGCUCCUCUGCCUCAUCACCAACCCUUUCCUCCCUUGGCUCGCUGAUGUGGCUUCAGAGCUCGGGAUCCCAUGUGCCCUCCUGUGGAUCCAACCAUGUGCAAUCUAUGCCAUAUACCAUAGCUUCUACAAUAAGCGCUAUCAGUUUCCUACCAUCGAUGAACCCGAUAUGAGCGUGGAGUUACCGGGGUUGCCUCUAUUGACCACCCAGGACCUACCUUCUUUUGUCCUCCCCACAAAUCCAUUUGGUAGCUUCACAAAAUUGUUCUCUGAAUUAUUCCAACACUUGGAGAAGUUCAAGUGGGUGUUGGGAAAUUCUUUCUAUGAGCUCGAGAAGGGCAUGAUUGAUUCCCUAUCGGAGCUUUGCCCGAUACGGCCCGUCGGUCCGCUUGUGCCUUUGGUGUUACUAGGUCAAGAACAAGACCAAGACGCUGGGGUUGAAAUGUGGAAAUCGGAGGACAGUUGCAUCGAGUGGUUGGACCAACAGGCACCCCGUUCGGUUAUAUACGUUUCAUUUGGCAGUAUUGUUGUGCUGCCGGCUAAGCAAAUGGAAAGUGUUGCUACAGCGCUGAAGAAUGCAAAGCGGCCGUUCCUGUGGGUGGUGAAGCCACCGGCAAAACCAUCCCCAGACAAUGCUGGAGAACUCCCGGUAGGGUUUACCAAUGAAAUCAAGGAUCAAGGACAAGUAGUGACAUGGUGCCCACAAAUAAGGGUUCUAGCUCACCCAGCUAUUGCCUGCUUUGUCACUCAUUGCGGUUGGAACUCUAUGCUGGAGACCAUAUGUUCGGGCAUCCCAUUGAUAGCCUACCCCCAGUGGACCGACCAGCCCACAAACGCAAAGCUCAUCACUGACGUGUUCAAGGUCGGCGUGAGGCUCAAGAAGGACGAGAGCGGCACGGUCACGAGUGCUGAAAUCGAAAAGUGCAUUGAGGAAGUUAUGGUGGGUCCACUGGCGGAGGAGCUGAGGAAGAAUGCCGAGGAGCUGAAAUGUGCCGCGCGAGAGGCAGCCAGCCCCGGGGGCUCCUCUGACAAGGCCAUACAGCAAUUUGUGGACGAGGUAACUGCUGAAAAUUACAUGAAUAAUAAUCCGGCAAGUAACGGAGAGUGUUGUGGGGAUCAGAAGAAGAGCCACGAGGAAGAGGUAGAAGGAUCAACCGAAGAUAAGGUUAUCGACGGCCAUGUUACGGAGGUGGUCCCUCCUCCGUCUCAAAGUAGUAAUUGAAAGUGGCUUCAAUCAAUUCAUGGAAUUUGUCUUGGCUCCCUUCAAGAAGAUAGCUCCGCAGCCUUAACAGACAAAUUUCGAUGCUGUGGUAGACAUUAGCCCAGAAAUAAUUGCUGGCAUACUGCCACAGAAUCUUUGAUGUGGCCGAGGAUAUCAUGUCAUACGAUGAAAAUCUCGAGCCCUCCAUUGCUAAGGCUAGUAUAUUUUCGAAUUAAGCAUCAAUUACCUAGAAAUCACAAAUUUAGUAUGUUCUCUAUCUACAGAUAAUCUGAUCACGUAGAAGGAAUAUCUACGUACCCUCUGUAAUGUUGGUUUCACAAAGCAAUUGACACCUGAUCUUGGUCAAUUGAUAAUAACGGAAUCGUAUGCGAGGUUAGUUAGUAAAAGCCCGUUUAAUUUCGCAA